AUGAUUGUAGGUGUGAGUCCAAUGGCUAUUGCUGUUCAAUCACCAUAUGUUGCUCAGGUGCAGCUUCUCAGAGACAGGCUUGAUGAUUUUCCAGUUGCUGAUGGAGUUGAAGUCGCUACCAUUGACAGUUUCCAACGGCGGGAAGCUGAUGCAGUGAUCAUCUCAAUGGUGGUGUUACACCGAUCAGUGAAUAUGCAGUUGCCGAAUCAGUAG